CGAUCGACGCUCAAUUGCACGGACUGACACCCGAACGCAUCAUCUUGGGCGUAAUGAGGCCUGAGCAAUCGACAACCGAGACGUGCGUUAACGCCAAAGAAAGUGUGGAGUCCAAACUUUUUUACGGGAGGAUUUUCACCCCGACGCACGUCUAAAGAAAAACACACAAUUGUUUUUAUAAAGUUCUCAUCGCUGGGAUCCUCGGCCUCCUCCGCUAUGUGAGACGCCUUUAAACGACGCGACGCCGACGUUUUUGCCUCGUUUAAGGAAAGAUUCCCCAAAGACAUGCGCGUCAGCUCCGAGGACCUGAGGGCGUAGCUGACCACUGACCACACCAGGCAUGGCCGCGCAGUUCACCAUCGACGAUGCCUUCGCGCUGGAGGGAGACGAGGACGGAGCGGUGGCCCGCGGAGACGCGGAGGGCUGGAAGCAGGGCAGGGGCCCGGAGAGGGAGGGAGAGAUGACAUUUGGCCCCCUGACUUUCUCCAAACCCCAGGCCCACCCCUCUCCCGCUGCCGCCGGCCCCCCGGAGCACAGCAGCCUAAAGUAUCAGAAUCUUGAAAACGAAGACGCGGUAGGCAACAACGGCAACUCCUCCUUCAACAACUUCUUCAAAAUCAGCGACCCCUCCACCCUGUCUUACUGCAGCUCCCAGUGGUCCUUCAGCACCCUGAGCUCCGUCACGCAGCUCUCCGCGCACUGUUGCGGGUGGGUGUCCCAUCCGCUGGUGAAGAAAAACAAGAGAGUGGUUCUGGCUUCAUUCCUCCUCCUCAUCACUGGAGUAGCUCUUAUAUUCACUGGUGUUGUCAUACAGCUGAAUCCAAAUGCAGGUGUUUCAAGUGCCAUUUUCUUCGUACCUGGAUUUCUUCUCUUCAUCCCAGGAGUGUACCAUGUGAUCUACAUCAGCUGUGCUGUGCGGGGCAGAAGAGGUUUCAAACUGUUCUACCUACCUUACUUUGAAAAAUGACAUUUUGUAAGAUACUACAUUUUCACUCCAUUUCUUAAUUUGCUAUAUACUAUGAAAUGUAUUGUAUUUUGUCACCUGUACCAAAAAUCAUUGUCAAAUGGUUGUUUGUUUUCUUCUCAUUGACCACUACGACUUGAUUUCCACUACAUGAACUGAGGUUUUUUUAAUGUGCACCCCUAAAGAAGGACGAUCUCUAGCCUGUGGUUUCUGUGUUGUGUGAAUGACAUCUGUGAAAAUACAAUAAAAAUGUUGUAUAUUUUAAUGAGUGUGAAACAGAUUUGGUUCCCAGCUCGUGAUGUAGUUUCUUAAAACGUAUGGCAUUGUUUGA